CUUCAAUGGGUGGCAAAUGGACCCUGAUGUCACCACGAGGGAAUCUGCUGUUUUAUAAUGGCUUAAAGCUGAGGCGGGAGGAACCAAGAUCCUUAAACAAAAUUGAGUAAUUAUGUAACAGAAGAUGGGGGAUUGGAAUUUACUAGGGGGUAUCUUAGAAGAGGUACAUAUUCACUCCACCAUCGUGGGGAAGAUCUGGCUCACCAUCCUCUUUAUUUUCCGGAUGCUUGUUCUCGGCGUGGCAGCGGAGGAUGUCUGGGAUGAUGAGCAGAGUGAGUUUGUUUGCAACACGGAGCAGCCCGGGUGCAAGAACGUCUGCUACGACCAGGCGUUCCCGAUCUCUCUCAUCCGCUAUUGGGUGCUACAGAUCAUCUUUGUGUCCUCUCCGUCUCUGGUGUACAUGGGACACGCUUUGUACCGCUUGAGGGAUCUCGAAAAGACUCGUCACCGGAAGAAAGCCUUCUUGAAAGCUGAGCUCGAGGGGACCGAUCCAGUCCAAGAGGACUACAAGAGAAUAGAGCGGGAGCUCAGGAAACUAGAUGAACAGAAGAGAGUGAGGAAAGCGCCGCUGAGAGGCUCAUUGCUGCGAACAUAUGUAUUCCAUAUCUUGACCAGAUCUGUGGUGGAGGUGGGCUUCAUUAUUGGUCAGUGUGCUCUGUAUGGCAUUGGACUGUCUCCUCUGUACAAAUGUGAGAGGUUGCCUUGCCCCAAUAGUGUGGACUGUUUUGUGUCAAGGCCAACAGAGAAGAACAUUUUCAUGGUUUUCAUGCUGGUCAUCGCUGGGGUGUCUUUAUUCCUCAACCUGCUGGAGAUAUUCCACCUGGGGGUGAAGACGAUCAAAGAAAGCUUGUACGGAUACAAAUAUAGUGAUGAAGACAGCAUCUGCAGGUCAAAGAAAAACUCUAUGGUGCAGCACGUUUGUGUGCUCACUAAUUCAUCACCACAGAAGAUGAGGCGGCUCACACAGAUGACCUGCUCCUUUGCCGCUGAUGGUCAAGGGGAAGCUCUUCCUUUGACCUUGACCCCUUCAGCCCCGCAGGAGGGUUUGAACAGCAACAACGCUUCCAACGCCUUCGAGCAGCCGCCCAGGCAGACGCGCCUGCCGAGCCAAGCUGACAUCCAGGGUCUGCAACAACAAGGGGCUGCAGAGCGGCGUCACACCCUGGACAACAGGAACCACUCAUGCAGCAGUGAUGAGUCUAAUGGACCUCAAAGCUCUGGUCAGCCACGGAACGGCGGAGCGCAGCCACGACCUUCACUGAUGGCCAGCCACAUGGAGAUACCAGCAGCUCUGCGUAAUCCACGGAGGAAACAGAGCAGAGUCAGCACUUGCAAGGAGCUCAGUGACGUGAGUGAUUCUCCUGAGAGUGGCCAUUACCCCCCGGCCAGGAAGGCCAGUUUCAUGUCCCGGGGAAUGUCUGAGAGCAGACUGGCCAGUCCGUCGGACAGCGGCGACUCUCAGAGUGGACUGGACAUCGAAGCUCAACGCCUGGCCCAAGGGGACAGUCCUUCAGUGACCCCGCCCCCUCCAGCCAGCGGGAGGAGAAUGUCCAUGAGCAUGAUUCUGGACCUGUCUUCAAUAAUGAAAAAGUGAACUUUUGGGACCAAGCUAGAGACAGAGUGAAUUGUAAAGGGACCCAGGGAUCCUCAUCGCCAAGCGAAUCUCAUCCUGUCUCUGGAUUGCUCAUUGUUUCCGCAGUGAUGUGUGUACUAACCGUGAGCAGAAAGCAUUUCGGUACAGUUAUAUUGAUGUGAAGUUCAGUCCACACAAAGUUCUUUUCAUUUUAUUCAUGUUCUGUUAAAAGACUCUGCAGCGUCAAAAUGUGUUUAUAUUAAUGCAAGCUACUUGCUGGGUAGAGGUAAGGCUUAUCAUUGGGGUAGUGAACUUAAUCAAAAUUCUCUUUGGCUCAAAGCGUAUAGCACUACUCAUCAAAUGAGACCAAAACUCUGUUACAAGGGAUAGUUGGCAGACGGCAAUUAAAAAAUGUGGGCUGGGAAACCACAAAAAAGAUCAGAGAACACUCUAGACCAAUGAUGAUGGUUUAUCAUACAGAAUGAGCUUCAGAAAAAAAGGGCUCUUCAAAUUCAAGUUUUCCCCCAUUGACACUAUUUAUGAAUAUCUUUGAAGUUUUUAGCUUUGCUGUGAAUUUGUCUUUUUCUAUUAAAACAUUUU